GAGGAAGAGGGGGCUUGGGGGAAGGGAAGGCGAGGCAGAGCCGAGGAGAGAGAAGAGAGAGGAGAGCGCGAGACGAGAGAGACAGAGAGAGACAGAGAGAGACAGAGAGACAGAGAGAGAUAGGACUUCCUCCCCACUCGCAAAGUGAAGUCACUUCCCAAAAUUAGCUGAAAAAAAAGUUUCAUCCGGUUAACUGUCUCUUUUUCGCUCCGCUACAACAACAAACGUGCACAGGGGAGCGAGGGCAGGGCGCUCGCAGGGGGCACUCGGGGAGGGCCCAGGGCGCCGGGGAGGCCGCGCCCGGCUGAUCUGAAGGGGCUGCGAGGUCAGGCUGUAACCGGGUCAAUGUGUGGAAUAUUGGGGGGCUCGCCUGCAGACUUGGCCAAAUGGACGGGACCAUUAAGGAGGCUCUGUCGGUGGUAAGUGACGACCAGUCCCUCUUUGACUCAGCCUACGGAGCGGCGGCCCAUCUCCCCAAGGCCGACAUGACCGCUUCGGGGAGUCCUGACUACGGGCAGCCCCACAAGAUCAAUCCCCUCCCACCGCAACAGGAAUGGAUCAAUCAGCCAGUGAGGGUCAAUGUCAAGAGGGAGUAUGACCACAUGAAUGGAUCCAGGGAGUCUCCAGUGGACUGCAGCGUGAGCAAAUGCAGCAAGCUCGUGGGCGCAGGCGAAUCCAACCCCAUGAACUACAACAGCUACAUGGAUGAGAAGAAUGGCCCCCCUCCUCCCAACAUGACCACCAACGAACGCAGAGUUAUCGUGCCUGCAGACCCCACACUCUGGACACAAGAGCACGUGCGGCAGUGGCUGGAAUGGGCGAUAAAGGAGUACGGCUUGAUGGAGAUCGAUACCUCCUUCUUCCAGAACAUGGAUGGCAAGGAACUGUGCAAAAUGAACAAGGAGGACUUUCUCGGAGCCACCUCCCUCUACAACACGGAAGUGCUGCUGUCACACCUCAGUUACCUCAGGGAAAGUUCACUGCUGGCCUACAACACAACCUCCCACACAGACCAGUCCUCAAGACUGAGUGUCAAAGAAGACCCUUCUUAUGACUCAGUCAGGAGAGGAGGAUGGGGCAGUAACAUGAAUUCUGGCCUCAACAAAAGUCCUCCCCUUGGAGGGGCACAGACCAUGAGCAAGAGCACUGAGCAGCGGCCCCAGCCAGAUCCAUAUCAGAUCCUUGGUCCAACCAGCAGUCGACUAGCCAACCCUGGAAGUGGGCAGAUCCAGCUGUGGCAGUUCCUCCUUGAGCUACUCUCCGACAGUGCCAACGCCAGCUGUAUCACCUGGGAGGGAACCAAUGGAGAAUUCAAAAUGACAGACCCCGACGAGGUGGCCAGGCGCUGGGGGGAGCGGAAGAGCAAGCCCAACAUGAAUUAUGACAAGCUGAGCCGGGCCCUUCGAUAUUACUAUGAUAAAAACAUUAUGACCAAAGUGCAUGGCAAAAGAUAUGCCUAUAAAUUUGACUUCCAUGGCAUUGCCCAGGCUCUGCAGCCACAUCCGACUGAGUCGUCCAUGUACAAGUACCCUUCUGAUAUUUCCUACAUGCCUUCCUACCACACCCACCAACAGAAAGUGAACUUUGUCCCUCCCCACCCAUCCUCCAUGCCUGUCACUUCUUCCAGCUUCUUUGGAGCAGCGUCACAAUACUGGACCUCCCCCACUGGUGGGAUCUACCCCAACCCCAAUGUCCCCCGCCAUCCUAACACCCACGUGCCUUCACACUUAGGCAGCUACUACUAGAAGCUUAACUAUCGGUGGUCUUCCAGUUGAAGCCCCAGUCCUUACUCUUCCUGGAUAUUUUGGACUCUAAAGGACAUAUGAGACCUUGAAAAGAAAAAACAAACAAAACUGGAUGUUCUUUCUUGAUGAUAGAACCUUUGUAUUUGUUCUUUAAAAACAGUUUUUGUUUUUGUUUUUAUGUCAGUAACUCUUGCUUCCUCUACCUGAACAAAGAGACAGAUCAUUCCAUGGGCCAGUAUGCCAUUUUGGAUUCUCGGUCUCCUGUCAUCUUUUGGGUUGAACAUUUAGAUAACUGGGAUGUUUAUAUCAUGGUUCUGAGAAAGAAGCUGUAAAUUUUUUUAUAUUUUUAUGACCAAAGCAGUUUCUUAACACACGGGUUUUAUUAUUGUGUAGGAUUCAAUACAAUAAUGAACCCCAGACAUAACCAAUCCUGGUCUGGUUUAAGAUUUAGUGGAAACAGAGGCAAUAGGCUUAUAGUCUUAUUUUAGGAGGUCCUAACUCAGUGGAUGGCAACUGGAACAUUGGCUGUAAGACCAGUGAAGUUUUCACCCAACUGGAAUUUGCAAGAAAGAACAUGUGUAUAUGUGUGUAUUUAAAAUGCCAUGGGCAUUGCAGAUACCCUUCUUGGGCAGUGUGCACCCUGCCUGACCAUUCUGUCCAGAAAUAGUCAAAACAUGAACUGAGAGUCUCAUGCAAAUACAAACAUUCCUGAAAGAGAAUUAAAUAUCGUUUUUUUAAAGUGACAGUGAGUCCCAGAACUUUGAGAAGUCAUAGGGAUUUCUAAACUCAAACAGAUUCGCAAGCGCUGUGCGUUUGUCAGACCAUCCGACCAGGGUCAACCAAUCAAAAGGCAACUUACUGUAUAAAUUAUGCAGAGUUAUUUUGCUAUAUCUCACAGUAUUAAAAAGUAAAUAAAAAAUUAAAAAGAAUAAAGAAACGAGUUGACCUCGGUCACAAAUGCAACUUUACUAUAAAAUCAAUCAUCGUUAUUUUUUUAAAUGUAAUUUGUACAUCUUUUGUCAAUCUGUACAUUUGGGCUAUUUGUACGUUUUUAUAGCUGGUUUUUAAAAAGCAUAAUGUGACUAUUGCUGAAAAGAAAACAGGGCAUUUAAGUCACUGACUUACUAGGAAGAGAAGCACUGGUACAGUUAUUUAACAGGCAUGUACAAGCAAGGCAAAGAAAUCCAUUUAAAUUUUUAAUGCUUUGAACAUGUUUGUAAAUAACAGAACAGCAAUGAACAGAACACAGAACAGAACAACCAAACUUUCCCUUGUGUAGGUGGGGGAUUUUUCCUGCUCUAUAUAUGCAAUCUAUUUUUAGACAUUAAAAUAUAUAUAAUUUUGCAGGUAAUCGUUGACUUUUUUUAACUAUAUUAAGUGUUAAGCUGACAACUGUCAAUGGAGACUAUGUUGUAAAAUAAUUUGACUAAAUAAAUUGUGCCUUCUCUCAGAAA